AUGCUAGGACUGUGGGGCCUCGGUCGAGCACAACACCUGUCGACAGAAACACACGCGACACGGAACGAUAAUAAUGAUGACAGGGACCACGACGACGACGAUGGACAAACAGAAUCACGUUACUUUUUCAAUGUCCACUGGGGUAUUAAACACGGCGUGCCGGCCAGCCGGUGUCACCCACCGACGAGUCGAGACGUGGUCAUCGCGCCACCGUCACCGCCAUGUCUGUUAUUGCACGAUAGUCGGUCUUAUAAUAAUAUACUAUCGUGA